AAACGGGCUCUCUCUUUGUCCUUGGGAGCCACGUAUGUAAAACGUGGCACAUUCUUAGGUCCCCAAGUCUAAGCAGUGUGCAGCGGCAAAGCAGCAAAACGAAGCACCGUUGCCGCAGCUUCAAUUCAAUCGCUCCACCUGAAUUUACCGUUUUCAGAGGCAUAUUCUCAAACACCUUAUGCAGUUGAAUUACGAGACACCGCUGGAGAAGGUUAUUAUAUGAACACUCAAAUUGUCUUCUUCAUUUCAUCGUUGUAUCCCAUCAGCAGCCAAUGAGGAGUAUCAUUUCAUGCCUUAAGCGACGGCAUCUUGCAGUGCUGUCCCCAACUCUACGCUUUGGCUGCUCAGUUGAGACUGCUUUGUGCGAAUACUCAUCCAGUAGUUUUCCUGAGGUUAUUCUAACUGGAAAGCAUGACAAUUUUGUGGGAUCAUAUUUGUCAACCCCAAAAUACUUUUCUACCGGUUUUUCCAGUGUGCAUGGAGAAAGGCCAACUGCUGAGUAUGCUAAGUUGAGAAAAGAAUCACUAGAAAGCGAAUUUGGUCAUGCACUUACUUAUAAGUCGAAAAGCCUUUCGUCAUUAUAUCGUUUUGGCCCAUUCUUGGCUUUGUACAGAGCAGCAAUCAUUUCAUUCUAUGUGUUGAAGUUAACCAUUUGGCGGUUAUUUGUCCAUGAUUUAAGAAGACGUGCUGUUAAGUUCCGUGAAACUCUUAUCUGCUUGGGACCUUUCUACAUAAAGCUGGGACAAGCUUUAAGCACAAGGCCAGACAUAUUACCAAAAGUGUAUUGUCAAGAACUUGCGAAGUUACAGGAUCAAAUCCCCCCAUUUCCAACUCAUGUUGCAAGAAGAUCUAUCGAGUCCCAGUUGGGUGUUGGCGUUUCACAAGUAUUUGCUGACAUUAGCAAGGAGCCAAUUGCUGCAGCAUCUCUGGGGCAAGUAUAUAAAGCUCAUUUGCAUUCUGGAGAGCUUGUGGCUGUUAAGGUCCAGAGGCCGCAUAUGUCACAUUUACUGACACUUGAUGCUAUGUUAUUUCACAUGAUUGGUGGCCAACUAAAAAGAUUUGCAAAAGCUCGUAAGGAUCUGUUAGUAGCUGUCAAUGAGAUGGUGAGACACAUGUUUGAAGAAAUUGACUACAUCCUGGAAGCACAAAAUGCUGAAAGAUUUGCAUCUCUUUAUGCAUGCAGUCAGAAAACUGUCCCAGGAAGUGCAGCAACUGAUGAUGUCGGGUGUCAGAAACAUGAUGGUAUCAAGGUCCCUAAAAUAUAUUGGAACUUUACCCGUAAGGAGGUGCUUACGAUGGAAUGGAUAGAUGGGAUUAAGCUGACAAAUGAAAGUCGUUUGAGGAAGGCAAAUCUAAAUAGGAAGAGACUUAUUGACCAGGGUUUAUACUGCUCAUUGAGACAGUUGCUGGAGGUGGGUUUUUUCCAUGCUGAUCCUCAUCCUGGGAACCUAGUUGCUACUGAGGACGGAGCUCUUGCCUAUUUUGACUUUGGCAUGAUGGGGGACAUUCCACGCCAUUAUCGUGUUGGACUUAUUAAAGUGCUUGUUCACUUCGUUAAUCGAGAUUCUAUGGGUUUAGCAAAUGAUUUUCUUUCACUGGGAUUUCUACCUGAUGGAGUAGACAUUCAAUCUGUUUCAGACGCUUUGCAAGCGUCCUUUGGUGAUGGAACCAAACAAUCCCAAGAUUUCCAGGGCAUAAUGAAUCAAUUGUAUGAUGUGAUGUAUGAGUUCAACUUUUCUCUUCCUCCUGACUAUGCUUUGGUGAUACGAGCGCUUGGAUCUCUUGAAGGAACGGCAAAAGCAUUGGAUCCAGAUUUCAAAGUUGUUGAAAGUGCAUAUCCUUUUGUUAUCGGAAGACUCUUGGUAGAUUCAACUCCUGAUAUGAGGAGAAUAUUGAGAGAGCUUCUCAUCCGCAAUGAUGGCACUAUAAGGUGGAAUCGGCUAGAGAGACUGAUUGCAGCAAUAUCUCAGCAGGCUUCUGAAACAGAAGGAGAAACUCAAGAGAGUUAUUCAAAUCCGUUAGGAUCAUUUGACAUACGGGCCGUAGUCUCUGCUACGGAAGAUCUUCUCCAAUUUAUUUUGUCAGACAAGGGUUCAAGGGUCCUUGUAUUCCUUGUCAGGGACAUAGUUAAAGCAGCUGAUGUUUUCUAUCAAGAUGAAGUUCUAAAUAAUCUUCUUGAUGAGAAGCUUCGAGCGAGACGUUUAUUUGGAAAUGAGGAGCAUGGUAUUCUGGUUAGGGUGGUGAGUGGGUUUCAUUCUCUAGGACGUGCAGUGAAAUUGGCUCCGGAUUUGUGGUCAGCAAUGCUGAUUCGCAUGCUGGUGAAACCCGAGUUCCAGAAAUUUGCUUUUGACAUUGGUUCAGCAUUGUCCAGUCACUUCAAGAAUCAACUUCCGGUCAGCUUUUGGAUGGGUAUUUCUAGGCUACUACAUAAGGUGGUUGAUACGGAUGAAGCUGAAGUAUCGUGAUGUAGCAAGGUUGGUGCUCUCGUUUUGUAUUCGUGGUUAUGCCCUUGUUAUUAUUUUUCCCAGCGGAUGCUUGAGUGAGAGCUUUUGAGUAGGGAAUAUAAGUCAACUUCAAGAUUAUAGAACAACUGUAAAUAUUAUGCCUCAAAAGUGGGUUCAAGCACUCUGCCUGUUGUAUUGCUUUUGGACCCUACGGAGUAUCUGCUUCGUUUUCUGGACGGUGGGACGGAAAGAAGAGCGUCCUAUCCACAGCAAACAUCAAUUUCAUUUUACAAACAUUAACAGGAUCAAGAGGGGAAAGCACACUAUACACUGCAAAAAGAGAGCCUGGUCUGCAAACGCGUUAUUGCGAUUUUACAAAGGUCAGUUUCAUCUUAUCAACGUUACUAGAAUCAAGAUAAUUGUAUAGUUCCACCAAGGUCACGUUGGAGUUGGUUAUAUAGUCUAUAGCUUUGUGACGAUAAGCUCAGUGAUGAGUCUGAACAUUUUUGUCUAUCUGGUUUGUAUCAACUUUGUCGACAAAUGGUGGAUAAUACAUUUUUCAUUUAUUUCAACA